AUGGAAAAAAAAGACACAGAAAAAGAAGAUAAUCUUCCUCCUAAGAGAAGCCGAUCUUUAAAUGAUUUAGCAAUAAAGAAGGGACAUAAUUCCACAUUAAGCCAGCGAAUACCUCCUAAGACUCCAAUACCUCAACAACCUCCUAAAUUAUUAAAUAAUGAAACUAAAACCAAAACACAAGAUACAAACUUAGAAGAUAGUUAUAGAGAAGGUAGCUCAAAAUAUUUCAAACAACCCAUUGAUCUAGAUUAUGCUUAUGAACAACUAAAUCAAGAAGUCAACCUAAAUCAAACCACUCGUAAGCGGAAGAAGAAUUCAAUGGAUGAAGAAUUAAUCUCAUUUGUAGUUGCCAAAAAUAAUUUAUUAUUUAAACCAGAAUUUGAAUUUGAUGCACAACCAACAAUAGCCCCCAAAAGCCGCAUAACAGAUAAUUAUAACAACAACAAUAAUAAUUUGAUAUUUGACAAUAACAAGAAUAUAACAAAUAAUAAAAAUCAUUCUAAUUUAUUCACCCUUUUUAGAAAAAGCAGAUUUAGAAGAAGAAAACAACCAAUAAUGCCAACUUAUAAACUUGAUGAUAGAACAAUUAGACAACAUAAAUAUCAAAAACGAAUGGAUCAUAUUCAUUGUGGCGAAUUUGAAUUAUCUAGAUCAUCUAAUACAAGAACCAAAAGUUCAAUAACUAGAGAAAGAUCAAAGAAUAAUCUAAAACCAAAAGAAGAAACGGACAAUUUUCAGAUAAACACUCCAAGAAUCAAAUUAGUCUCGGGUAAGAAUAAUAGUACCAAAUCAUCAACUAGUUCAAAUUCUACUUCAUUAAGUAAUGGAACAAGUAUCAAAAAGGAUAUUAGAAAACAAAAACAUGAUUAUCUAGCUACUAGAGAUAAAAUAUUAGAAUCUGUUGGUGUUUCAGACGUGAUUGAAGACAUUAGUUCCAAUGAAUCUACAUUUGAAAAUACUACAACUGAAAUUCCACGAAAUAUUCAGAAAGUACAGACUUUACCUGAGAAGGAAAAACCAGUAGAAAAUCGAAUUGAUGAUAUUAGACUUGAAAAUGCUAAAGUUCAAGCACUUUCCAAGAAAUUAUUAGAUAAAAGAAAUGCACUUGAAUUAUAUUCAGGUAAGGGAUUAUAUGAAUUAAUAUUCAAACAUGAAAAGACAUACCAUCAUCAUAAUAAACAAGUAAAUAGUGUCACACUGUCGAGAACAAGCUUAAGAGAAACUAAUAGAAAAAAUGAUCAAGAUCAAGAUCAAGAAAUUGCUGAAGUUCCUAGAUUGAAAUUAUUAGAUGAACAAGUUAUAAAUGAUCGAUCACAUCAAAAAGAGAUUCAAAUUCAAAAAUCUUUAAAUAAUUUCAUGACAGCUGGUUCUGAUUCUUCAACUAAUUCAUCAACAGAAGUAUUAAAUUCAUUUAAAGAAUUAUUAGACCUUUCAUUAGUAUAA